AUGGGUGUUGUGCCUCUUCCAGAAUUAUUGGCUCUGUUCUUGCAGAUUGUCUACGGUGGUGCGUCCGGAUCGAUCGGCUCGGCAGCUGGUGAUGACUCUCGCGUUAUGUCGGAAAAAGUGCAGAUGCUUGCGUCAUCAAUUUAUAAAGAAUUCGAAGCGAUGAUCGAGCGGAGCGGCGAGGACAGUGUCAAGAAUUUAAUGCCACUGGUUGUGAACGUAUUGGAAAGCCUGGAUCUAGCAUACUUGGAAAAGGAGGAGUUCUCUGUUGAUUUGGAGAUGCUGAAGGAGGAUAACGAGCAGUUGAUGACACAGUACGAGCGAGAGAAGCAAUUGCGCAGAACCCAGGAUCAGGUUGGUUCAGAUUGA